AUGACGGUGGGAACCAACAGCUAUUCCUGUACCUUGCCACUCCGUAUAAUAUCCCCCAAUAUUUUCCCGCACUCUGUCCCAUCUCAGCCUGAUGAUCACAUGAUUUCAUACAAAAAUUUUCUUCGACUCCCUACUGGCUUGUUUUUUGAUCCGCUUAUUUUGCCUCCCCCUGAAAGUGAAGGUGAAUACAAAUGUGUCAAUGACAUUCAGAACCGUCGUCGAAAAAUGAAAAAACACAAGCGCAGAAAGUGGCGAAAAAAGUUUGCCUCCCUUAUUCGCAAAUUCCAGAUGCAACGUGAGAGGAAAGCUGAGCACAAGCUACAGGAAUUGCUUGAACUUUGGCGACGUCGCACUGAAGCCUGGGAUCCCGCGGCUAAAGUUGAGCAACGGCUCAUGUUCGCGCGCCGUUCUGGCUACUAUGACUCAACAAAGCCCAAGUCGGAGACCUGUAACCCUGUGUCGGACACUGUGGAGGGACAAAAAGCUCUUCUUGAGGCCACUAGUAUCAUCCGGGAUCUCACCUUGGCACUAAAUCGGGUAUAUGAAAACAUUCGCGAUGUUCAGGGAACCCGACGCUUGAAUGCUGACCUCUCCAAAAAUUUCAAGGAACGCGUCGAGACCUUCCAACACUGCCGAAAUACGGUCAAGAAGACUUUCAACACGGUCUCGGAGGCCUGCUCCCUUUUCGGUAUCGACAAUCCUGAAGAUAUCAUACCCUACGUAGAUGCACCCGAAGUCUCCGCCAAUUCGAGUAUAAACAACGAAAACGCACUGCAACUGAAAGUUGAGCGCGAAAUCCUACUGAAGAAAAUCGCUGAGGUGGACAGCGAACUCUUAAGGUACAGAGAAGUCCUCACGUCCGCAUUGUGGGAGCUAAACGACUCGAUGUAUCCUGUCAGUAAGUAA